UAGCCAAGACUCUUGCCACUAGGCUAAUCAGAAAGUCAAAAGAACACAGCUAGAGGGAGAAAGACAUUUCGAAAACACACUUUUCUGUUUCCCAGCGUGGCAAUGGAGGAGACAUACCUUCUCAACUAUCCAGGUGUCAGGAAGAAAAUUCUGGCAGGAGGCAGUGGACCGUUGCCUCACUUUCCACCUGGGACAAAGCUGGUUUUCCACUUCCAGACACUGUUGGACAACUUCGAGAGGACAGUCAUUGAUGACAGCCGACUAGCUGGCAGACCGGCAGAGAUCUUUGUCGGAAAGAUGUUUAAGAUGGAAGUCUGGGAGACCCUGUUGACGUCCAUGCGUGUUGGAGAGGUGGCUGAGUUCUGGUGUGAUGCCAUUCACACAGGCUUGUACCCCAUUGUGUCCAAGGGAAUGAGACUGAUCGCUCAAGGGAAAGACCCUCUGGAGGGUCAGAGACACAUGUGCGGAAUGGGAAACCUGUUCCAUUAUCACUCCACGGGUUUCCCGGAGCUGGAUGAGCUGAUGCGGACUCCUCAGCCGCUCAUAUUUAUUAUGGAGCUGCUGCAGGUAGGAGACCCCAUGUCCUACCACAGAGAGUCGUGGAUGAUGGAAAAGGAUGAAAAGCUGCAGACAGUGCCAGUUCUCCACAUGCAGGGCAAUGCUCUGGUCCAACAGAAGAAAUACAGAGAUGCUGCCAGCAAGUACAAAGAAGCUGUCCUGCUGCUAAAAACUGUCCAGUCUAGGGAGAUGCCAGGUGAUAUAGACUACAUUAACCUAGGUCGAAUGAUUGUCCCCCUGGAGCUGAACUACUGCCAGUGUAUGCUGGAGCUGGAGGAGUACUAUGAAGUCAUAGAGCACAUGGAUGAGCUGCUGCAGAAACACAAAGACUGUGUCAAAGGCUACUACAAAAGAGCCAAAGCCCACACUGCUGUGUGGAAUGAAAAGGAGGCCCGGAGAGACUUCAACAUGGUGGCUCAACUUGACAUCACUUUGGCGUCCCUCAUCCAUCGAGAGCUGAAGGCCCUGUCGGAGCGCAUGAAGGAGAAAUAUUGGGAGGAGAAGGAGCAAUACUGGAACAAGCUAGAGAAAAAUGAAAACGCAAAAGAAGUGGGGGAGGCAGAGAGGAAUGAUGAGGAGGAGGAGAAGCAGACAGGAGAGAUAGAAGAGGGAAAACAAGAACAUCUCGAAAGUGUGACAACAGCGGCAAAUGAUAAAGUGGGAGGUGGUUCCAAAGAAUCUCCCCCUGAAUAUGCAGAAGUUCACAAAGAGAACCUCGGGGAAAAUAAGGUUGCACUGACUGAGGGAACAGUUACCAAAGAAGAAGCAGUGAAUUUAAACACUUGCAAUAAAACAGAAGGCAAGGACUGGCAGCAGAUGUUACGACUGGUCAUGUUGCUGCAGAAUGAGGGGAAUUUCCUCAUUAAAGAGAACCACUUUCAAGAAGCUUCUGGAAAGUUCAAGGAGGCUAUAGAAUAUGUGGACUGCCUUCAAAAUAAAGUGGAUCAACAGGGUGAGGACUGGGAUUCGCUGGAGAAAGUGCGUCUUCCUUUGACUCUUAAUUUCAGCCAGUGCAUGCUGGAGCUAAAACAAUACCAGCAAGUUGUGGAGCUCAACACCAAGCUGCUGAAGAAACACAAAGGUAAUUUCAAGGCAGUGUACCAGAGGGCUCGGGCUCAUGCUGCUUUGUGCAAUGAGGAUGAAGCUCGAAGAGACUUUGAUACGGUGGAGAAACUGGACCAGAAGUUUAAACCCUUUGUGCAGCAGGAACUGAGGAAGCUGGGCCAGAGCAUGCGUUCUAUGCAUGCCAGUCAGAACAAGACUUACUGGGAUACAACACAGGAGAAGUGGGAGCCUGGUGGGACCAAGCCCACGAGUGCAGCCAGAAAGAAGAACGUCAAAUUUCCUCCAAAAGCCACAGAAGGAAAAGCUAAAGCAGAUAUUAAUGUAGAUAAGAAGACUGAAGACACUAAGAGCCAGGAGAUGGAAAGCUCAGAGAAAUGCACCCCUGUCGAGACAGAGGGGGUGGAUGGUGCAGAAACAGGGAAAAAUCCAGAUGUGAAAGCAGAGCAGGGUAAUAAAGAGCCAGAGCGUGGGAGAGCGAGUGGAGAGGGGUUAGAUAAUGAAAGUAUAGAGAAGGCCGUGGUUCAUGAAGCUGGGCUGGGUGUACCAGAUAAUCAAGCAAUAGAUAAAGAUAGAGAUCCUGCGCCCGCCAGCUCCGGCAAAGAUAAUGCAGCGAGCAAGAGAUCAGUGCGCGAUAAGGCGAGAAAGAAGGUAAAAUGUCAAUCAAGUGCUGCACCACAGCCAAAGAGAACAAACUCAGGGAACAAAGCCAACAGGGCUAAAACAGAAAAGGGUGGCACUGCAUCAGAAUAGACCAAUGAGCCGUUUUUUCUGCGCUGAAGCAAAGGUUUAAGGUAGAAGUCGAGGGCAGACUGAAUAACAGAGUCAGAAAAAAAAUGACAAGCACACAAGCCUCACAAUGGGACAUACACAAAUCCAAAUAUAAACACAAAAAGAAAAAUUAAUAUAAAACAGCCUGUAUU